UUUUCAGCCCGAUACGAGUACGAGUCUUCUCUCUUGAGUACUCAGCGAUACCGUGUUCUUGAUGAUUUGCCAAUGUGUCAAACCGCCACAGUGCAGCAUCGACUACUGGUGUGGACUUCAGAUGUCAGAUUUUAUUGCCUUAAGUAUCGAUUGCUAUCGACAGCGUUUUCCUUGAAAUAAGGCCGGUAUUGGCCCGAUACCUGGUACCGGUACUCGCCUAUCCCUUGCUGUGUGCCUUGAGAUUUUUUCUAAUGUACAGUACAAUAUGUGCCUUGGCCCAGUAAACAUUGGUCUAACGUUAGGUGCUGCAUAUUUAACGUUAGACAAAGCAGUUGAGAGGAGGUUUUCCUUACGUAUUUUGGAAAUCGGGUCAGCCAUGAUUCAUUGGGUCAGUGGGUCCUGUGUCGCUCGUUUCAGUGCCCAAAACCUGGCUCACCCAAUUGGGUGGAAGCUCAUUGAUUUGACUUGGGGCAGGUCAAAGUAAAUGCUGUAUUAUCAUCUGGAAGAGCUUUGCUUUUUUUGUUUUGUUUGUAAUGUAAUGCAGAUUGUAAAACGUAUCAAAAGUGAAGCCAAGGCUGUUGUGUGUAUUGUCACGUUCCACCAAUACUACACUGAAGGAAACGACCAAUUACCGUCGGCUGUCUUCACACAAACAUGUUAUGAUUCUCGAGGGGUUAUGCAAUAAAAAGAGGUGCAUGCGCGCGUGUAUGUAUCUCAUGGCCUUGUUUAUCUCCCUUUCCUGAUAAGAUGAACCUUCACCAAAGAGGCCGCUGCAACGAAACGGCUCGUGUGUCAAAACAGUGAACAGAAAACCAAACAUGUUAUUCGCUCCUGCAUUGAAACAUCUUCAAGCCAAGUGUGUUUUCCUAACCCUCUUCAGUCAUUGAUGAGUGAAAGCGGCCCAGCAACCAACCCGAGCGGCCAAGCUUGUUUUGAUGUCCAAUCACUCUGCGUUCCAAAGUCAAUAUUGAUCCCAGACCCUGUGAACCUUCAACCACGCACGUCCGGCAGGGUCAACCUACUGUUUACUGCAGCUAUGUCACAAAUAUUUUAUGUCUGUAGGCGGCGUGUCAAUCAUUGACCCUCCCCAGAGGCCAGACACAUGCAUAAAUACGGCUGGAGAGGGAGGCGGCGAUAGGAAAAGUGCGAAGAGUUAACAUGUGUGGAUUACACGAGAAGAUGAUGCUGGUGACCCUUGCGGUUUUGGCGGCGGCGGCGGCGGCGGGGUCGUCCCCGGUGGCGGGACCCGAGCCCAUCCGCUGCGCCCCCUGCACCCAGGAGAAGCAGAGCGAGUGUCCCGCCGUCCCGGCCGGCUGCGGCCAGGUUCUGAGGGAGCCGGGCUGCGGCUGCUGCAUGGCCUGCGCCCUGGAGAGAGGGAGCGCCUGCGGGGUCCACACGGCGCACUGCGCCCGCGGCCUGCGCUGCUUGCCCAGGCCCGGCGAGGCCAGGCCUCUCCAUGCCCUCACCCGGGGACAGGGGGUCUGCACCGAAGACCAAGAUGAUGCUGAAGACGACCACAGGUCACUGCAGUACAUGCUGGGCUUGCCCAACCAGGACGCUGACGACGCCCGGGACAGCAUCAAGGCCAAAGUCAACGCCAUCCGCAAUCAACUGGUGCAGGAGGGUCCUUGCCACAUUGCGCUUCACGCCGCCCUGGACGCCAUCGCCAGCUCCCAGCAGAACCUCGGCGAGAAGUUCACCACUUUCUACCUCCCCAACUGCGACAUGCACGGCUUCUACAAGGCCAAGCAGUGCGAGUCAUCCCUGGCGGGCCCUCCCGCUCGCUGUUGGUGCGUCUCGGCCUGGAACGGCAAGAUCAUCCCCGGAGCCGGCGACAUCCCCGGUGACUCCGAGUGCCACCAGGAAGUCACUCACUGAAGCAACAAAUGAUCCACAAGCACACACAGGAGGACACCUUCCUCCCUUCAUGGAGCCAAAUUGUAAAUUAUUUUAUUUAUUCAUGACAAGUCUUUUUUUUUUUUCUAAAUGUUUUCCCUUUUUUCCCCCGCUCUUCAAUUGUAAAUAGGGCAACACUGUAUACAUUUGUAUUUCUGACUAAAUAACUCCAUUCCUCAAAAACCACAGCUCUGCAACCUCUGCCAAGCCCCAUUUCAGGGCCUUCUUUUUUUUCUUCUUCAAUUCAUUCACAUCGACACAGCCGCUCAUUCAUGCAAAAUGUUGACAUUGUCUGCAUGCAUCUUCAUUUCCUCAAUGGGGGAUACUUAAAGUACCGCAAGUAUGUGUAUGCUGGUCAAGCACAAACAUAUCAGGGCUCAUCCGAGCUUCUACAUUUGUCUACCUCUGCAGUUACCCACCCCUUUUUCCACUUCUGUCCACAGGGUCAC